AUGAAGUUCUCAAUCAUGUCUCUCGGCCUCAUGGCCGUCUCUGCUCUGGCAGCACCUAUGCCAUCUCAGAUCGCACCCAGGCGUGACGGUCUCACCAAGCGCGCCGCAUCCCUGGAGGAUGUCGCCACUACCGGUUUCGCUACCCAGAACGGAGGUACCUCUGGAGGAAAGGGAGGCAAGACCAUCGAGGUCAGCUCCCUUAGCGAGUUGGAGUCUGCUGUCAAGGGCGAGGAUGCCGCUAUCGUUCUCAUCACCGCUCCGAUCAAGGGAAGCGGAGAGAACGUCAAGAUUGGCAGCAACAAGUCCGUCAUCGGAAAGGACUCUUCCGUCGUCCUGACCGACUUCACCCUCACAGUCAAGGCAGUCAAGAACGUCAUCCUCCGCAACUUUGCCGUGGAGAAGGUCGUCGGCGGCGAUGCCAUUGCCAUCCAGGAAGCCCAGAACGUCUGGGUGGACCACGUCGACCUCUCUUCCGACCGCGAUCACGACAAGGACUACUACGACGGUCUCCUCGACGUUACACACGCCGCUGACUACGUCACCAUCUCCAACAGCUUCAUGCACGACCACUGGAAGUGCUCUCUAGUCGGCCACUCUGACAGCAACGGCAGCGAAGACAAGGGCCACUUGACCGUCACCUACAACAACAACUACUGGCUCAACAUCAACUCUCGCGGCCCUUCUUUCCGCUUCGGAACUGGCCACCUCUACAACAACUACUACGAGAACGUCUCCGAUGGCAUCAACACGCGCCAGGGUGCCCAGCUCCUCGUCCAGAACAACGUCUGGGUCAAGGCCAAGAAGGCGCUCUACAGCACCGACGGUGGCAACGCUGUUGCCGAGGGCAACGACUUUGGUGACAGCGAGAACACUGCUCCUAAGGGCUCCCUGUCCAAGGUCCCGUACGAGGUUCCUGAGCUCCUUGAGGCGGCUGCUGUCAAGGCUGCUGUUGUUGGCACUGCUGGUGUUACCCUCAAGUUCUAA